ACAGCCCAAACACGUCAUAAUUUUCUCGAGAAGCAAACAAGUUUCAUCUUCACUGUACAAAAUGGCUCGUACAAAGCAAACCGCCAGAAAGUCAACGGGAGGCAAGGCCCCGAGGAAGCAAUUAGCCACCAAAGCCGCGCGAAAAUCAGCACCGGCGACCGGUGGAGUCAAGAAGCCUCAUAGGUUCAGGCCCGGGACCGUGGCUUUACGUGAGAUCCGGAAGUACCAAAAGAGCACCGAGCUCUUAAUCAGGAAACUCCCAUUCCAAAGGCUGGUGAGAGAAAUCGCCCAGGAUUUUAAAACCGAUCUGAGGUUUCAAAGCAGCGCUGUCGCCGCUCUCCAGGAGGCCGCCGAAGCUUACUUGGUCGGACUUUUUGAAGACACAAAUCUGUGUGCCAUUCACGCUAAGAGGGUUACGAUAAUGCCUAAGGAUAUCCAACUGGCUCGCCGUAUUAGGGGCGAGAGGGCUUAGAUUUUCUUUUGAUCAAUUUUACUUUAUAUUUUAGGUUUUCAUGGAUUUGUGGUAGGGUUUAAUAUCGCUAAUGUGAAGGGUUAA